GAGAACGUCCUUAUAAGUGUCAUUUAUCCGAUUGUGGUCGCGCCUUCAUUCAACUAUCAAAUUUGCAACAACAUCUGCGGAACCACGACGCGCAAGUAGAAAGAGCUAAAAAUCGUCCAUUUCACUGCAACAUAUGCGGAAAAGGGUUUGCCAACGAAUCCAGUUUAAGAACGCAUACCUCAAAGGAGCUACAGCUGCAUCUUGGUGUCUUGCAGCAGCAUGCGGCAUUUAUUGGAGGACCCAAUGCUACAUCCUGUCUUAAAUGCCACAAGUUUUUUUUGGGAGCUGGUGCACUGAUGGAACAUAUGAAACAUGUACAUAACGAAACAUACGAAGAAAACAAUAGUAAGUUUACUUAA